UCGCUCCACCGACACGGACGUGUGACUAUGGGAUCCGCAGACUACGCUGCGCUCGUCCCCGUUCCAGCCGCGGCGUGCGCGCCCGCGCGUCCCCGCUCGCCGGAAUCCUUAUAAGACACGUUUACAGCACAUUUAAAGGCGUUUAAAUCCCCGUGGUCGGGAGCCGUAUUGGAUGGUGUGUUUUGGGGGGCGCGGGCACAGCACAUCGGAUGGUGUAGUGCAGCAACUGGGGGAAUGAAUGACGGAACUAAGGAACUGAACAUUUCAGCAAUGGACUCUGCGUGGAUCUGACUGCGGUUCUAGACUUUAAGGCUCGAGCUGGAUUGCUGCCCUCCUCACUCACUGGACCGCCGCGUCUCCGCUCGUGGAUUUCCGUGUUGAUCUCCGCCUCGCACGUUUUCGGACCAUUGUUUUUAUUAUUAUCCACCGGCGGUGUCACUUGGAGACAGGCAGCACGGGACCAUGCGUGUGUAGAACUGGGAGGAAUGCCCCAGACGCUGUGCUCCAGCACCAUGUUCACUCCCAGUGGCUUCAGCCCCCACCUGGUCCCCGGUGAGGAGUCCCCACAGGACGGCCCCGGGCCAGGUCCAGGAAUCCCAGAGGGCCCCCAGCUCACCUCUGCCUCUCUAGACACCCUCAUUCAACACCUGGUACCCACCGCGGACUAUUACCCAGAGAAAGCAUACGUCUUCACCUUCCUCCUGAGUUCCCGUCUCUUCAUCCCCCCACAUGAGCUGCUAUCCCGAGUCUGUCAGCUCUGCAUCAAGCAACAACAGCUGGACCAGAUUCCUCUGGACACAGCCAAGGUGCGCAAGUUCGGCCCCAAGAUCCUGCAGCUGCUGACGGAGUGGACGGAGACCUUCCCGUCUGACUUCCAGGAUGAGGAGAUGGUGGGGCACCUGAAGGAUAUCAUUCGCAGGAUAGCGCCAUGCGACGAGGCAUACUGGAAGACCAUGAACCAGAUCCUCCAGAAUGUGAGCCAGAAAUUGGCGACUAUGAGCCAGGGAGAGGAGAGCAUCGUCAAGGUGAACGCCUCCGUCUCCGACAAGCUCGUGGCCUUCAAGACCAAGCCGCCGCCCAUCCAGAAGGACAUACUGAGCAUCUGCAGCGACCCAUACGCACUGGCCCAGCAGCUCACGCACGUUGAACUGGAGCGCCUCAGUCACAUCGGCCCCGAGGAGUUUGUCCAGGCCUUCGCCCAAAAAGACCCGCUGGACACAACUCAGCCCUGUUUCAGCGACCAGAAGAAGACCGGUAACCUGGAGGCCUAUGUGAAGUGGUUCAACCGGCUGUGCUACCUGGUGGCUACAGAGAUUUGCAUGCCAGCGAAGAAGAAGCAGCGAGCCCAGGUGAUCGAGUUCUUCAUCGACGUGGCACGCGAGUGCUUCAACAUUGGCAACUUCAACUCCCUCAUGGCCAUCAUUUCCGGGAUGAACAUGAGCCCCGUGUCUCGGCUGAAGAAGACGUGGGGAAAAGUCAAGACUGCAAAGUUCUUCAUCCUGGAGCACCAAAUGGAUCCGACUGGAAACUUCUACAACUACAGGACCGCUCUGAGGGGCGCAGCCCACCGGUCCCAGACCGCCCAUAGCAAUAGGGAGAAGAUAGUCAUUCCAUUCUUCAGUCUGCUCAUCAAAGACAUCUACUUCCUCAACGAGGGGUGCGCGAACCGCCUUCCCAAUGGGCAUGUCAACUUUGAGAAAUUUGUGGAGCUGGCGAGGCAAGUGGGCGAGUUCAUGACCUGGAAGCAGGUGGAGUGCCCGUUCGAAGAGGAGCGUAGUAUCCUGCACUAUCUGCACACUGCACCCAUCUUCAACGAGGACGGGCUCUACCUGGCAUCCUAUGAGAGUGAGAGUCCAGAGAACCAGAUAGAGAAGGACAGGUGGAAAACUCUCAGGUCCACCAUCUUGGGAAAGACAUGAGGACAAACAGGCAGAAGAGCCUCCACUCCACAGUGGAGCAAGUUCAUUGCACUAAGAGGAGACUGUGAUCGAACCUAGCUGGAACUUAGGUGUUUUUACAAAAUCUGACAAAACAUAAAGAAUGAUGAACAGGAUUCAUCUGAAAAACAGUUGAACAAAAGAAGACCCCUGUACAGAAUUAUGGAUAUAGACUAGAAUCUAGCAAACUGCCCUUGCAAAGUAUUAGAAUAGUUUUUCUUUUUAUUUUGCCAUGAUGGCCAGGUGCAGACGUGUAUAUAUUUAUAUAUAAGCAUACAGCGAGUGAGAGGAGUGUGUGUUUACGGAACGAGUGAACACGAAUGUCUGUGUGGGUCUCUGUCUUUUUUUUUUUUUUUUUUUUUUUUUUUUUUUUUUUUUUUUUUUGUGUGUGUGCUUUUUGUUUACCACAAUUUAAUUGAAGAUUUACCUGGAAGGAUUUACAGUCCUUAACUUUUUUAUAUAAAUUAUUAUUCAUAUUUUUUCUGUGCCCUAUAGCCUUGUGUCUCUUUGACAUUGUACAGUACUGUAGCCCUGUGAAUAGAGGAGGAACUCCUACAUGAAGGCCUCUGCCAAGCCUAGUGAGCAAAAGAACCCAUUCAAUCCUGUCCUGCUGAGAGACUACGGUACUGAAGGUCUUAUGCCAACGUCGGAAACCCACGGCAUUCCAGACAGACAUCAAUCCUACUGCUCCCGUCCUCUACUUUUUGUGAAAUUCCAGCCUUUACCAGGACUUGGUUAAAUGAGGAUUGGUCCAACAUAUGAUUCUGGUUUAACUGGUUAAACAGUGUCACGUUACAGCAUUGGUUACAUGCAAACCUUGGACUUUAACACCAGGUUUUCAAAAAAUCCAGCGUGUAAUAUGCAGGGCAGGGAUUGACUGCUUUAUACCCCCCCUGCUCAGUGCUUGCCCCUCCAGUCUUGUCUGCAUCUUUAUAGUUCUCAUGCGUUUAAUUUGUCCUGAAAAUAAACUGCUGAAAACAGAUAGCAGAACAAGAUGUGUCUGGCUGAUGGACAGGUGAUGGGGAUGGACACCUUUCUGCUGAACCCCUGAGCACCUCCUAUUCCACAGGAUGUUCCUCAUUGACUGAUAUUCAGUUGUCAAAUGUUCCCUUGAGAAUUCUGUAAUGACAGAUGUAUGUUUCUCCCUAAAGGUUCAAUUCUUACGGCAUGUGUAGACAAUGGCUUUUAGAAGGGCAUUAUGCUUUUUACGUCACAACACUGAAGGAAUUAUGAAUUUGAAAUGUACCAAGACUUUUUUUUUUUUCCCCCUUCCCCCCUCCCUCUGUAACACAGGUAAAUGUGAACAGUCCAAUGCAGUAUGGGCUUUUCUGGUGGGUUUUGAUAUUGGGAAUAAGUAAAAAAAUUUUGCUUCAGAGGUCAGAGAAAACUUUUGUUAAAACAGAUGGCUUUUUACACGUGUAUUACUUUGUGCUGGAAACAAAAUAACAUUAUGUACGGUCAGCCGUGUCCUCUCAAUCUCUUGUUGAUGUUACUGACAAUGAUGAUGUUGUGUUGGGUGGUCACAGUUUUGGUUUGCUGUUUAAUGGCAACGGGGAUGGGAAGGGAAGGGUGAGGGUGGGAUGUGUUUUAAUGGGGUACUUUGCUAUUUAAAGACUUUCUUUUUAAGGCGCAUUCUGCUUUAAAUGGUUCUAUGUGCGAGUGGUGUGCUUGUGAAACACCUUUGGCUCAAGGGAUGGGUCAUAUGUCUACCUUUUAAGUAUUUUAAUGAACGCCGCAUUUUUCGCACAGCCGGCUCGUUCACUCACAGCUUCUCGGUGCAGUCAAGGUGACCUGGUCCUUGUCUUGCCUGGUUAGCUAACUAAACAUCAUCUUCAACAGUGUCUGCUUCAUGUUAGGGUUAAUAAAUCUCCACAGUGCAGUAUUCCAUUCACAGUGUGUUGUGUGCGACCAUGAAGAAGAUCAGCGCUACUGUCAUUUGUGUCUCCCCCCAUUUUGGGCUCACGUCUGACUUUCAGGCUACAGCUGUUGUUUUCAAGUAAAAAUUAAUGUGGCUGUCCAGUUCUGACAUUGAGAGCCCAGUUCUUAGGGGACGUGUGCCCACACCAUCAGCAAUGUCACGGUACAUUGGAUUUGUUCUCAGUCUGUCCCAGGACACCCUGGGAUAUUUCCAUGUGGUGAAAUGUGCUCAGUUGGUUUGCUUGGAGAUUCUCUGUGUUGCCAUCAUGCAAGCUGCCUGUAGCCUCUUCAUUGUGGUCACAAUGAGCUGUACAAAACCUGAUGCUACCACUCACGACCUGCUUGUUAUUCUCCUUUUAUAAGUGUGUCAUUCACAUAACUUUGGUUUAUCAUCAGUACCCCUUUACUAGUAUUGCAUUUUAUUAACAUUUUUACUGAGCUGAACCAUGAAAAAUGCUAUAUAUUCUUAUUUCUAUUAUUUAAACUUUAUACAUGUUACUCUUUAACAUUUUUGUUCUUGUGUAUAUUGUUUCAGGCUUUUUAAAUACUAGAACUGUAUGGAUCGUGCCCCUUGUACUGCAGAAUACUAAUAGUUAUGAUUUGAUGGUGCUCCAUCAAUGUUAAUGAGCCUAAUCCUUAACUGGUACAAUUUUAGGAUAAAGAGGAUAAAUUUAAGUUUUUGUGAUUUUUAAAAGAAAACUUUGUUAGUGAAAUGAGUCCAUGCUGCUCUGUGCUAAGUACUACUGCCAAAAUGCAACUGGACCUACAAAGAUACAACUGCCAGUCCACCAUAAAAGUCACAAAACCAAUUAUUCAGCAUCCAUCCAAGACCUGAAAUUUUUCAUUUGGAAUGUGUAAUUUACACUGUUUCAAAAGAUUGCUUGAAAUGUCAAUUUCUAAUUUCUUUGUCAUUAUCUGCCUUUUGUAAAGUGAGUGCUUGGUAUUGAAAAUGUCCUUGGAAUAAACAAUGAAUUGAG